AUGGCAGACUCAGCAGACAAGAUAGCUGCAUCUAUUGUAGAACACGACGAAGAAACGCAACAGCCUGUCAAAAACAACAGGCAAGUCGACGAUGCCCAUCGUUUUGUUCAGGAGCACAGUGCUAUUGAAUGGACAGAAGAAGAAGAGAGGAAGGUAUUGUGGAAGAUCGAUAUACGUAUUAUCAUAUUGCUGGUGCUCGCCAACAUCAUGACAUCCUGCGAUAGUCAAGCAUAUGGAGUUGCAGCAAUAUUCGGCUUGAUUCAAGAUCUCAAACUCUACACCAUCAUCAGCACCAACCCAGUAAUCCUCAGUCUGACCAAAUACUCCUGGACAAACUCAAUAUUGACGUUCGGGAGUCUCAUCAGUCAAUAUCCUCUUCUCCUGCUUGCCCAGAGACUUCCGAUUGGGAAGUACAUGACAGGAGUCGUCACGUACUCUGGAGCUCUUUCGCUCCUCUUUCUCACUCUGAACAACUUUGCGGGAACCAUGGCUCUGAGGCGAGUUACCAUUUCCCCAUACUCGGCCUGUUUAGCUAAUGAUGAUCAGAUUCUUUUAUGGUUUCCAAGGAAGGAACAACCUCUUCGCAUUGGACUCUGGAUGUGUGGUGCCUCUAUCGGAGCGAUCGUCGGUCAAGCUUUUGAUUACGCUGCAGCUUCAAUCAAGGGGCAGUUCGAAAAAAGUCCCUGGAAGUGGAUCUAUUUGCUUUUGGGAUCCAUGACUGUCGCAUAUGCCAUCUUCUUUGGCAUUUUCUUCCCAGACUCUCCGAUGACAGCUCACUUUUUGACCGAACGAGAACGAAACAUUGCCGUCAGGAGGCUGCAAAAGAAUCAAACUGGGAUUCAGACACGGAGGUUUAAGCCCCAUCAGGUCCUGGAAGCUUUUACCGAUCCACAACUCUGGCUCAUAUGCGUGACUGGUUUUGCCUUUGCCUUUGCCACAGCUGCGCUUGGCAGUUUUGGGGCAAUCGUUCUCAGCGGCUUUGGCUUUUCAAAUUUUAAAACGGUGCAACUCUACAUGCCAUGCUCUGGUAUUGUUAUUAUCCUGAUGGUAGUCUCUGGAUCCCUAGCCAACAAGUUUCGAACCUCACGUAUCAUAAUCGCGAUGGGGUUUGUGAUACCUACAAUCAUUGCAUAUGCCCUACUCUGGAAGUUACCAAGGGAUAAUCAAGGAGGCCUUCUAGCUUCCCUCUAUCUUACUGUCUUCUUCUACGGUGCUCUGAUUCAGACAUUUGGUCUUCUGGCGUCCAACGUCGCUGGAUAUACUAAGAAAACCACAGCAAACGCCAUGGUUUUCAUGGUCUCCUCGAUUGGUGGAAUCACCGGCCCGUUUGCGUUUAAGGGCAGCGAAGCCAGUGAAGGCUACCCCACUGGAAUGAUCAUCCUCAUGGUAUCAAUGGCUGCAGCAGAGGUCGCGAUGGUAACGCUUCUGUAA